GUGUGCUGAGCCUGCCGGAGAGUUUGAACCUGCACCGGGACCAGCAGCGCUCGGGGCGGGGCAGCGAGGGUCACGGAUACACCCAGGCCGAGCUCCGCACGCUGGAGCAGUCGCUGCUCGCAACCCGGGUGGGCAGCAUCGCAGAGCUGAGUGAUUUGGUGUCCCGGGCCAUGCACCACCUCCAGCCGCUGCACAUCAAGAACCCCAGCAACGGGACUCCAGUCCACCAGAAGACCAACACCACGGUGCACUGGGAGCCCGAGGCCCUCUAUACCCUGUGUUACUUCAUGCACUGCCCGCAGAUGGAAUGGGAGAACCCCAACGUUGAGCCCUCCAAAGUCACCUUACAGACUGAGAGGCCGUUCCUGGUGCUGCCUCCGCUGAUGGAGUGGAUCCGGGUGGCGGUCGCCCACACCGAACAUCGACGAAGCUUCUCUGUGGACAGCGACGAUGUGAGGCAGGCUGCCAGGCUGCUGCUGCCGGGUGUGGACUGUGAACCGCGACAAAUAAAAGCAGAGGAUUGUUUCUGUGCCACCAGAAAGCUUGAUGCAGCCUCCACAGAGGCCAAGUUCCUGCAGGAUCUGGGCUUCAGGAUGCUCAACUGCGGCCGGACGGACCUGGUCAAGCAGGCCGUGAACCUCCUGGGCCCUGAUGGCAUCAACAGCAUGAGCGAACAGGGAAUGACCCCCCUCAUGUACGCCUGUGUCCGCGGCGACGAGGCCAUGGUGCAGAUGCUGCUGGACGCCGGAGCCGACAUCAACAGCGAGGUGCCAAGCACAGUAAACAAGCACCCCUCAGUUUAUCCUGAAACGCGCCAGGGGACGCCACUCACUUUCGCCGUGUUACACGGACACGUCCCUGUCGUGCAGUUGUUGCUGGAUAAUAGAGCGAAUGUGGAGGGCGCCCUGCAGGAUGGGGCGGAGAACUACACAGAGACCCCGCUUCAGCUGGCCGCUGCUGCAGGUAACUUUGAGCUGGUGAGUUUGCUUUUGGAAAGAGGGGCCGACCCCAUGAUCGGGACCAUGUGUCGAAACGGCAUCUCCUCCGCCCCGCUGGGAGACAUGAACUCGUACAGCCUGGCAGCAGCACACGGCCACAGGAAUGUAUUUCGGAAGCUCCUGUCCCAGUCGGACAAAGAAAAGGGGGAUGUUCUGUCCCUGGAGGAAAUCCUGGCUGAGGGUUCGGAACCAGGGGAGAAGAGGUUGGCUCCUCAUCCCAACGGCGGAGGGACGCUGCGAACAGGAAAGGCCAAACUGAGGGCCCUGAGAGAGGCCAUGUACCAUAGCGCAGAGCACGGCCAUGUGGACAUCACCAUAGACAUCCGCAGCUUAGGCGUUCCCUGGACGCUGCACACCUGGCUCGAGUCCCUGCGUACCUGCUUCAUCCAGCACCGCCGCCCGCUGAUCCAGGGCCUGCUCAAAGACUUCAGCUGCAUCCAGGAGGACGAGUACACAGAGGAGCUGAUCACGCACGGACUGCCACUCAUGUUCCAGAUCCUCCGAUCCAGCAAGAAUGAGGUGAUAAGCCAGCACCUGUCAGUCAUUUUCACGCAGUGCUACGGGCCCUUCCCCAUCCCUAAGCUGACGGAGAUCAAGAAGAAACAGACCUCACGCUUGGACCCCCAUUUUCUGAACAACAAGGAGAUGUCUGACGUUACCUUCCUGGUGGAGGGGAAACCGUUUUAUGCACACAAAGUUUUGCUGUUUACAGCUUCUCCCAGGUUCAAGUCGCUGCUCCAAAACCGACCAGCAGCAGAAAACACCUGCAUUGAGAUCAGCCAUGUCAAAUACAAUAUUUUUCACCUGGUCAUGCAGUAUCUGUACUGUGGAGGCACCGAGUCCCUGCACAUACGCAACACCGAAGUAAUGGAGCUCCUGUCUGCAGCCAAAUUCUUCCAACUAGAGGCCCUUCAGAGACACUGUGAGAUCAUCUGCUCCAAGAACAUCACCACCGAGACCUGCGUGGACCUCUACAAACACGCCAAGUUCCUUGGUGCCGCAGAGCUGACGGCUUUCAUCGAGGGCUAUUUCCUGAAGAACAUGGUGCUGCUGAUCGAAUUCGACACCUUCAAGCAGCUUCUGUACGAACCUCCCCCCGCCGAGAGCCCCGCGUCCAGCCCCGGCAUCUGCACCGACAUCCUCCACGACCUGGAGAAGACCCUGGCCACCCGCAUCCACUCCAUCCACCUGUCCACCUCCAAGGGCUCCGUGGUGUGACGUCGUCGUCUCCGGAGCCCUCCGAUUCCAGCCACAGCGUCCAUGUAACACCACCUUUAGCAUCCAGUGUCCCGCCCGUGUAGACAAUGUGCUCCACCUGUCCCGGCCCCGCUGCUGAAGAGGAGCUGCCGGACGUUUCUGUGUCAGGAAUUCCCUUUAAUUCUGCUUGUUGCGACUCGCUGAGGGUUAAUGUUGACAAAGUCAGAGAGGGAACUUUCUCGUCUUGUCAGAGGCUUGAACUCUUGUCCUCAUGGCUCCCAUCGGUCACCUCACCACCCCUCAUACAGUAAGAAAAACUAAAUAAAAAAAAACAGAACUGCCUCAACCCAACAGUAUCACUUUAGAUCUAACCGUGAUUAUGAAACUUUCUAUUGUAUUUCAUAUAGGAUACAUGCAUGGAAUACAUACGUUUUUCACUCUGAGAGGUAGAGUAGAAUCAAUAAAUGCAGCUCCGUCAUCAUCUCUGAAACGAGACGUUGGUUUACAAAUAACACUUUAUGGAAAUGGACGCCAUUGCAGCAUAAAGUCUGACACAUGCCAAAAUAUGAAUAUAAUCCUAUAUCCUAUACAACCAAUAAAAGUCAUUAGUAGCAAUGCCAGCAGGCGGACUUUUAGGUGGACUUAUUUGAACUUAUCUACAUCUCAUCCUGUCACUUCUAUGUUGGAUACGUUUCACUGUGUUUUAUCGACUGUGUGCAGAGGCCAAACCGAUCACAGGAACUUCCAACGUGGCCGACGCUGCAGCCAGCGCUGAUUCAACGAAAGACGGCCCACUCAGUGAGAUCAAUGCUGACUUAUGCUUGAAAUGUGGAUGUCCAACUGGGAAAUUAACUUGUGAUAAGUCCACGGAUACUAUUUUUUGCAUGACACCUCCUCAACUGAGCUGCCCUCAUAUUGCUUUUUAUGCAGAGCUUACUUCAUGGACCACUUUCGCAGGGGGAAGUUAGGGGGGAAAAAACGCUGCUUAUUAAACUUUCUAUCCACUGUAAAACGGAUCGAGCGGGACAUGGAGACGGGCUUCACUUGGCAGGGACUUUCUCUUUAAAGAUAUCUAAAGUAAAGUUGUAAAUACGUUCUGAAAGUCAUCGUGCUGGUCGUUCCUUUUUGUAAACUGAUGUACAGUAUUCUCCCACACUCGCUUGGCUGACGACACCAGUCUCAUUGAAUGUUGCUCCCUGCUGUAUGUCUUGUUUAUGCAAAGUUGCAUGUUUGAUCUGUCCGUAUGACUCCUCUGUUUUGCUUUAGGCGUGCUUCUCUGUGUAGAUCUGUAGGGCUGAUUGGGGUGUCCAUUGUUCCAGUCUGAUCAAAGUGGUUUUCCCUCUAAAUGAUUUUGUUCUUUCUGACACAUUCCGUGCUAUCAGGGUAGAUCACUAAAUGACUAAAAAGUCACUUUUGUGUUUUAGGGUUCAUCUCCACAUGAAUUCUGUGAAAGCAAAGUUAAAUUCCUGCACAGUGUCGGCACUGAGUUUACUCGAGACACAAUGACCACAUUUACACCUGCCAUCUGUAUCUGGAUACAUCAUCUGAUUCAUGGGUUUUACACCUGGGGUUAAAAUGUGUAUCUAAUUUCUGAUUUGAUCCAGUCUCAGUGUGGAGUUUAAACUGACUUGUCAACAAACAUCCCAGCUCAGGAGAAGCGAUGCUGCUUUAUGGCCUCAAUUAACUCUACUGCUAAGCUAAGCUAAGCUAACCGAUACUGGAUUUUUGAGACUGCUGCAGAUACUGAUUUUUAGAGAGUAAAUAUUCUGACAUUGGUAUAUUUACUGAUUUUCUUUGGAUGCUUUUGUUAUUAUUAGAGUAUCGAUGGAGUUAUUGUUUAUUAACUUCAGAAAUGUAUUUCACAAACUAGUUGGUAACUUGCUGUGAAAGCAAACUAGACUCCUCACCACCAUCUGCUCAGCUGUGCUAUGUGCUCUGCUGCAUGUGCUGCAGACAGAAUUAUCAACAUGGACUUGUUUCCAUUAACUGCUGUCGAGUAAAUAAACUCUGCUGCAUAGUGUCUCCAGAAGGUGGCGAUAGAGGCGACACUAGACAUAACACACAGAGUAGAAGAAGUCAGAAAUAAAACCAGUUUUCUAGUCGCACAGGAAAAAGAAACAAACAAAACUUUGUUAUCUUCAGAAGUCCUCUGCAGUUGUUUUCAGUUUAAGGAAGUUAUUCUUUCAUGUUAUCUGGUUUUGGAUUUGUUUCAUGUCUUGUGAUGUCCAGAGGUGAAGGCAAUGAAAGAAGUGGGAAACAGCUGUUAAGUCAUGUGAGUUAAAUGUUCACUGUGUCAGAACUUCUACGAAAACGGGUUUUCCAUCCCCUCUUUUAUGUGCAUUAAUGCUUUCAAAAAAAAAAACAACUCACAAAUGUUAAACUUUUUUUUUGGUGAAAACAGGAACGUUUCUUUGAAUUUUGUUGUUCCUAAUAACUUAUUCUAAGGAGAUUCUUCUGAACCACAUACAAAUUAGUGAUGGAAUCCAGGCUAAUGUUUGACUGACUCACGUCAUAGCAGUUAAUGUUACGUUUUAAGUGAAUGUUCAAUCUGUGCAUGAAAAUAAAAACUUUUUUUUUUUUUAAUUCAGAAAAUAUAAAGCUAAAUAUAAAGUUUUUACAGUUGGCUGAGGUGGAAAAGUAGGUUAAUAAUAUAGUAUAUAUCCAGUAAAUAUCAAAUUUGACAAAAAAUAACUGAAAAAGAAUGAACACAUUCAUAGUGAAGUACAUAAAACAGUGAGAAGGGCGUUAGGCUCCUUAAAUGAAUUCCUAAUCAUCAUUCAUCGUUUUCCAUCAUGUAAAGUUUGACUGGCAGCUUUAAUUACAGGAUCAAGUUGCUUCCUCGUCUUCUGCUUCUUUUUAGUGACGUAGGAGUAGAAAGGUAACAAAUGCUAAUAUCUGUAUUUAGGUUAAAUGCAUAUUAAUUUGCGAAAUUUUAAGAAGAAAUUUGAUGUAAACUUGGCAGCAGAUGUACAGUUUGGAAAAGCCUGAAACUGUCCUGGUUGAACGUCAUCAGUUCAUAGAAAGUCAGAUAACAAACCUGUGCAGAUAAAACUCUGAGGAAGAUGAUAACUACGACUCCCAGGGUGCAUUUCAGUCAGCGUCGUCGAAUUGUAAUGCUUUAAUUUAAGUUAAUUCACUUUAGGAUUCUGGUUCAAUUUUGUGUUUAUUUUUUUCGUCCCAAAUUCUUUGAAUCUUUUCAAAUCCAUCUCAUUCUGCUGUUUGUUCAGAGCGACGGCAGCUGAAAACUCCUGCAGCAGCUUUUUACACGUCACAACUUCAUUCAAACUGAGCAUCUAAAGUCGCACAUUGUCAUACUAAAGCAAAAAUACAAGGAACCAAAUCUCACACCUGAGACAGUGAGUCAGUAAAACAUCCCUGAAAGGAAACAAAUAAUGUGUGUUCAGAAAUGUUAAGUAGAAGAAAAUAAAAUGACAAUAAGCUUUUAUGAGUAACAACAAAAGGCGCAGAACGUGUGGCGCUGUAUGAGCUGGUAUUGUCUCAGGUGUUUGGAUUGAAGGAUUUGAUUCGUCUUUUUCUGUUAUUUUGUUGUGAGUUUGUUGCCUGACAAUAGCAGAUGUGAACUCAGUGCUGACGGUGUGAAGUGAUUUAACUGUUGUUGCACAUGAUUGCUGUGCAUUAAACGGCCGCCUCUCGAUUCUACGAGGACCUAAAUGCUAAACCAGACACCUGACAUUCAGCAGCAGCCCUCAGCUGUCGGUCCUGCUGUUUAAAUGAUGCACGCUCGCUCACAAAGAGUGAAAACCUCACUCAGUUCAAGAGUAUUUUAUUAAAACCCCGCUGACUGUCUGAUGACCCUUCUCCUCUGGAGGAAAUCACACCAACGCGGUAUAUUUCAUGAAUGUAACGAUGCAACAACAGCUGACUAUUUACAAAAUGUGCAAAGAAACCAAAAGAAGAAGCUUCCUACUGAACAAUGCAAACGUCUCCUCAUACAUCGUGAUUGUUGUUUCUUCAUUCAUCCAAACUGUCCUUCAGAGAAAAGACAAAUAUUAUGACUUUAAAUAUUGUAGCACACUCGAAAUUAUUUAAAUACUAGUUUUGGGCCCAACAAGUCAUUUGAAGAGAAACAUAUAGGCAUAUACGAACUGGUUUUAAGUUCUGUAAAUAGUUACAGAAAAUGGAAUAUAGAUAUUAUCCUACAACUUUAUUUUCUUACCUACAUACAUAGCACUAUAUAUUUUAUUUUACAUUCCGCAGCUAUUUUGUUUUACAAAAGUGAAAAAGAUUAUAUAAAAAGAUGCUUUAAAAGGAUGAAAUUAAGCAAUAUUUCCAUUAGAUUGUAUUAUUCUGAGUGGUGCAAAGAGUAAUACGCCUCAGAGCUACAGUAUAAAUGUGACACAGACAAAAGAAUGACUGAAAAAAAAAAAGGCUGAAUAUAUUAUUUUUUCGGUUUUUGUGACCCAUGGUGUGUUUUCUUUGACAUGUGUUUCACUAAAAGCAUAUUUCUUACGCCUGCCACGCCGUCGAUUUCACCCUGAACGCUCUACAGGAGCUGAUUCCUUCUGUUGUUAACACACAUUUGCAUAUUUGGCUUCACUCUGACUCAUCACAUUUGACUGGAAACUUGCUUCCUAAAUGUGAACCGUAACUUCAAGAUUUUGUCUCCGCAGAGGUGAAAAGGUUCAUGAUGAUGUCAAGCACUUUGUGUGCCGGUGUUACUGUAGCCUCCCACACGUUCACCGUCGUUGUGAUCCAACUGCAGCUCAGUAUGGUUUUAACAUUCAAACAUGAGCAUCAGCCAAAAGACUUCAAGCUGAUCUGUUUUUAUUAGUCAUUAGCGAAAAAGACUAACUUUACCCCUGUACUGGCGCUUUGGACUCCAAACUGGGUCAAAGCCGUAGAGUAAGCGUCGGUUCCGCAUGGCUCUUCUUGUUUAAUGUUGUUGAGAAUGUGCCCUGUGCACCAGCUUCGUUGCUAACAAGUGUCUCCCUUUAUUUGUCUGAGCAUUUAUUUGCCUGCGUACGUGUUCCUGGUAAUAAACAACAUUUCUCCUAGACGCAGUGGAAACAUGCAUGGGAUGUUCACUAGAUUUACAAUCCACGGGGGGAUGAACUUUUUUGCUAUUCUUUCUUUUUUUUUUGUUUUUUUUCCUUUGAUGAGAACAUGUAUAUUGUACAAAAUAUAUAUAUAUGAAAUAUAAAUUAUACAUGGUGUGAGGAGCAGGGAUGUGGUGGAGUAUAACAACAACAAGGAAUGUUACACUCGUGCUACAGGUUCUGUUGUUCCAUGACAUGCUUUUGUGGACAGCUAAUAAAAGACCACAGUUUAAACCAUA